CCGAAAUAUCCACCCCCCCCCCCCCCAUUCAGACGACGAAGACUCGACGCGCGAUCGAAUGGUUGCGUAGAGCACCGCUGGACCUCAUUCUGACGUUGAGUUCCUGAGGAGCUGAGGAACUGACGUCGUCGCACCGCCGAUUCCACGUCCGACUCGGAGGCGGAGCGCGCUGCCGUUUCGAGCGACCCCCGAUCCCAUCUCAGGAAGAGUGACGGCAACAACGGACUUAGGCAGAUCUUGCGAGCAUCGCAGAGGAACAUUGUCGAACACUGCCAGCGCAUUGUCGAAUACUGUCGGCGCAUCCUUGCCUGUGUGCACCGUCUGACAGGCGCUGGGACGGUGGGGUAGCGGCUUCUUACCUCAACUGUCGCGCGUUCCAGCACCGAGGGCGACCAUGCAGGAGGAACAGCAGCGCCCGCCUCCACCGGCGUAUAUCCAGCACGAGCCAGAGUCGUUUCAGCUGCCCAGUGUGCCUACGCACGCGCCGAAUCGCCAGGGCAAUGGCAGACUGCCGGGCAUCAAGGCGCUGGACUUGCCGGAUGCAACGGCGAGGCAUACCCCGCGCAACUCGAGUGAACUGAGCCCGCGAUGGCAGACUGAUGGGGCGCAAUGGGGCGCUCUGCCGGCAUUGCAUAGUGCGACGUUUCCCAAGGUGCCGGACGGUCAUCCUGUAGACAUUGGUAGUCCCAUGGAUACGGCGAGCGUGCUGAGCGCGCAGGAUGAGGCUGCUCGUAGGCGCGAGACGAGCGUGAGCAUGGAUGAUCCAGAAGUGCGCCUGGCCGCAGAGGCGCUGAGUGGGUUGGGCAAUCCAGACUUCGUUCGAUCGCCGACUGCGCCAUCACUGACAAUGUCUGCCCGCGAAUCCACUGCCGAGCCUCAACAGCCAAUGCUCUCGCUCCUGACCUCGAACCACCCCUGGCUCGGCGGCACCAUCAGCGGCUCCCUCGCUGCCUACAACCUGACCAAGGACUACUCGCCACGCUUCGUCAAGUACGGCGCCGAACUCGUAGAGCGCAACGUCGGCUCGCCAAUGGUCAACACAGUCUCCUCCGUAGGACGACGAACAGGCAUGGAGAAGAACCUGCGCCGCUACCUAGGCGAACAACACCGUCGCCCCAGCGAUCUCGAACAAGGCGACGCAGACGCUCCAAGGAAGAGGCAAAGAGCGGGAAGCCCCGCCGCCGACGCUAUGGAGAUCGACUCCCGCACCUCGUCCCGUACACGAGGCGGCUCGCAGUCGUCUUGCGCCGAGUCUCUCCCCGCGUACGACGACCAGCGGUCUCCCAACUACGAAGAGAACGCUACCAUGACCGACCCGUCCACAACCGCUACUGCCAAAGAGCCCGAGCGCCGCCAGCAGUCAAGCGCCGUGCAAGACCGCCGCGUAGCUUGGUCGACACAACUCAUCAUGACGACCUCUGGUCUUGGUGUCGCGCUCUCCGCCGCCUCGCUGCGGAGCUUGAAACACUGCCUCCACCUCCUGCGCGGCGCAACGAGCCACAUCGACAGCGUAAUGCGCGCCCUCAAACUCGUGCUGGAAGAGUACGAAACCGCCUUGCGCCAGCGGCGCGCCAGCGACGCCGACGACAAGGAAGAGGUCAAGACAGGAGAGGGGGAGGAGAAGGAAGACGAGGUGCGCAAGAUCGCCGAGAAGAUUAAGACGCUGAGUAGCGAUAUCUGGCAGACGCUGCAAGGGGUCGUGCAAUCCGUGUCCCGCCACACCGGCGGCGCAUUGCCGCAAAAUGCAUCCCAGGUUGUGAGGACGCAGCUCCUCAGCGUGCCGCAGCGCUGGCAGUUGGCCGGCAGGAGGACGGCGGGUCAGCCGCAGGAUGAGGAGGCGGGUGAGGGCGAGGCGGUUAGGGGCGCGAAUCGGAUGCUGGCGUUUGCGAUGGAGGGGCUGGAUAUGAUGGGCCAGAUUACUACGGUGGUGGAUGGCACUGUCCAGUCGGCUGAGUCGUGGCUGGCUAGGAUUGGCAGGGCGCCGCCUAGUCGGAACGGGGAGAGCAGUGGGGAGAAGAGGGCGAUUGAGAACCAGCAAAACGGUAACGGGUAUCCCAGGGAUGAGAAGCGAUGAAAGGGAUCACCAACAGUGUUGAGCCAGGAGCGUUGGCGCAUCAGGCGCAGGAAUGAAGGGGACGAAAGAAAGAGCAAGAAGGCAAAGGUGGCAAACACAUACCCAGGACGGAAGUCAUUUUCCAUGUCUUUUUUUGAACCGCAGAGCCAGGGGUCGGUCUACAAGUGUGGGUUCAGUACCAGGAGUUGGCGGUACUAUACACUGUCCCUUCCUAGAGGUGUGCACAGCAUUUCUUUACUUUUUUCUUAUUGUUGACAGGAGGUCAAAAUCUGUUCUUUUAUCGUACCGAAAAGCCAAGUAAGCUUGUUCAAUUACAACAAAUUUUUUUU